GCAUCCCGCGCUGCUGGGGCUCAGGUGGGGAGCGGGGGGGAUUGCCCCCCGUGAGCCCCCCGGAGCAGGGGGGAGAUGAGCGCUCAGGAUGAGCAGUUCCAAGCAGCAGCCCCUGAGCCGGCGGCUCCCUCCGCCGAUGAUGGCAUGACCUGGUGGUACAGGUGGCUCUGCAGGAUUGCCGGGGUCAUCGGGGGCAUGUCCUGUGCCAUCGCUGGUCUCUGGAACUGUGUCACCAUCAACCCCCUGAACAUCGCGGCCGGCGUGUGGAUGAUGCUCAACGCCUUUGUCCUGUUCCUGUGUGAAGCCCCUUUCUGCUGCCAGUUCAUCGAGUUCGCCAACGCCGUCUCCGCCAGGGCGGACAAGCUGCGGGCCUGGCAGAAAGCAGCUUUUUACUGCGGGAUGGCCGUGUUCCCUGUCAUGCUCAGCCUGACGCUGACCACGCUCUUUGGAAACGCCAUCGCCUUCGCCACCGGGGUCCUUUACGGUCUGUCGGCACUGGGCAAGAAGGGAGAUGCCAUUUCCUACGCUCGGAUCCACCAGCAGCAGAAGCAAAUGGAUGAGGAGAAGCUCACGGGCACCCUGGAGGGACAGGGUCUCUGAGGCACACGGAGUAACCUCUCCUGAACGCUGAGAUGGUGAAGAUAUGGAAAUCCACUCUGCCCUUCCCUGUGCCUGCUCCCCUCUCUGCUACGCCGCGAUUUCCCUGGGCACUGCAGCAACUGGAAAUCUCAGGGGCUGGGGCAGGCUGUGCCCUCUUCUCACACCAGCAGCCCGAACUCAGCAUGUUGGUCCCUCUCUCCUCCUCAACCCUCAACCAAAUAUCUCACAGUCCCUUUAUUUUUUUAAUAUUUUUUUUUCUUUUUGCUGCAGAGGUGCUGGCUCUCUUGAGUGCUGCUUUCCCAGCCUGAACGGGCAGCCUUUUUUUUGGGAGUGCCCCUUUGGGAACUGCUCUCGGGAUGGGUGAGGAGAGGCAGAGGUGACCUGCCAGCUCCUUGCCUGUGCUGGUCUUGUGGGAAAGGACUUCCAGAAAAAAAAAAACAUAAAGACAAUAACUAUCUCUGCAGAGGAGCUGCCAGAGAUGCUGGGGCAGAUCCUGGGACCUACAAAGCACAGUCCCUGCUUCCUCUGGACACGGCUGCAGGCAGUUACUGUGAUUUACUUGAAUUUUAAGAAUUAAUUUCUUUGUCUUAAUAAGGGCAUUUUUCUUAAGCUUCACUCUUCUACUGGGGCAGAAGGAAAACAAUGUUUGCUGUACCUCAGCUGGAAAAGGGUAUUGUUGCUUGAGCCAAGUGGGAAUUUCUGCUGGUGUGAGCAUCCUUCUCCUGUGAGCCUGCGACCCAUCCCUCUGUGGAAGGGACCUGCUCUUUGCUUGCCUGGUACAGCCUUUUGUCUUCGAGCUCUUGUUCUUUUGGCAUCAGUCCUGAGCUGGGUUUGCAUGGAAGGGUUGAAUAUCCUUCCUGUGCAAGCAGAGAAGAGGCUGCACCAUUUUGUUGUGGACAGCUGGGGUGUCUUGCUUCAUUAUUCCAGGCUCUGUCAAUGGUUUUCAUGUUGUAUUUUCUGUUUGCUUUGUACCACGCAACACAGAACUGUUCCUCUUCCAGACCCCGCUCUUCUCUUCACGUUUUUUUCUGGGGGGGGUUUAAUUUAUUUGAUUUUUACAUGGUUGCUUUUUGUUUUGAUUAGGAAAAAGGGGAAUAAUUUAUUUCUAGUUAUUUAAGUAUUUUGAUGGGACUCAUUUUCUCUGGGUAUAGGAGAAAGGAGUGCUCUGUUUCCUGUCCUUCAAAGGGCUGCCUCUUUCACCAGGGGUCUCUUUCAGCAGGGACAGCCCUGGCUGCUGUAACAGGAAUGCUGCAAAAUCCAAUUUCAGCCGUCAGAGCGUUACUCAGACUUCUGAAAAGUGUGUUAUCCUUUGACCCCUUUGUCCUGUUCUGGGUCACUGGCUUGACAAAGUGUGUUUCCCCCCUCUUCUGGGAGAGGGGAGGCAGAAAAACUGGGCUGUAACUGCUGGGUUGGAGCUGCCACGACCCUUCGUGUCCCCAGCAGCUCUGGGGAGCAGAGGGGUUGUGCUGUGGCCUGAGAAAGGCUGGGGGCUGAGUGCUGUCUGCCCUGCAGGGAUG